AUAUCAAUUUAGACUAGAAUGAAGCAUCUUUUUUGCAACUAACCCUAAACUUUUGAUUCCCUAGAUCUAUAUAGACCUCUAGUUCUGGUCUCUAGAUUAACUAGAUAGAUAUCUAGAAGUCUAGAUCUAUAUUACUGAAAAAUCUGGGAUGACAUACAUUUUACUAGAUCUAUAUCUAUUAUUAAAAAAGAAUUGUACAAAUAGGCAACCAAGUAGACUUCCGUAAAUGUUGAACAACAGCUGUCUAGAUCUAAAUUAGAUUCGCUAGUAUGAGCUAGAGAGAAGACAGCAAUUGCACAUUGAUACUAAGAGAUAUUGUGUUAUGUGAAAUGGGCAUUUUGUUUUCAAAAAUAUGGAGCCUGUUUACAAAUGAAGAACAUAAAAUUAUUAUAGUAGGACUUGAUAAUGCAGGAAAAACAACAAUUUUAUACCAAUUCUUGAUGAAUGAAGUAGUUCAUACAUCUCCCACUAUUGGAAGCAAUGUUGAAGAAGUGGUGUGGAAAAAUAUUCACUUUCUAAUGUGGGAUAUUGGAGGUCAGGAAUCUUUGCGUGCUUCUUGGACCACAUAUUAUACUAAUUCAGAGUUUAUAAUAAUGGUUAUUGAUAGUACAGAUAGAGAGCGUUUAUCUAUAACAAAAGAAGAACUUUACAAGAUGUUGGCCCAUGAGGAUCUGCGUAAAGCCGCUGUCUUAAUUUAUGCCAACAAGCAGGAUAUUAAAGGAUGCAUGUCCCCGGCUGAAAUUUCACAACAGCUGAAUCUAACUGCAGUCAAGGAUCAUGUCUGGCACAUACAGGCAUGCUGUGGACUCACAGGAGAAGGAUUGUAUCAAGGAUUAGAAUGGAUUACUUCCCAUAUACAUCGACGAUGACGCUUAUUUUGUAAAUAUGUUUUAGUUUGAUACUAAGAAAUGUUGGCGGCCUGGAAGUUUAUGACUAGCACACACAUUUUAAGUAGUGUAUGGUUUCAUAUAUAUUAUUGGCAAGUUUUUGCCUUGCCUCUAUAUCCAUUUAAUUUAAGCUCAUUUGUCACUACUGUUCUUGUAUAUCUGGUCAUAUUAUCAACACAGUUUGAUGAGAGUGUGCUGAGUAUCUUCUAUUAAACACUAUUAAUUAGUCUUCCAAAAAGAGAGGGAAAAAAAGCAUGUUUUUAGCAUUCUCUUACUAGUUGAACUAGCAGGUGACCCUAUCGAGGUAUAUGUGAUAGAUAUUCAAGAUAUUUUGGAUCCUUUGUCCAUGUGAGAAAAUACUGUUAAGAGAGUUCUUUUAAUAAUGUUUUGAUAUAAAGAUUUUUAGUUUUAGAUUGUUACCUAGGAACAAAGAAAAUGAUGGCAACUCAUGUUAGACAUUUGUCACAACUCCUGUGCUAUGCAUGUGCAAUUUUUUCUUAUGAUCCACAGUGCUCAGUAUAAACAAAAUUAUUUUCAAGUUAAAAAGAUUAGCACAUUUUUUUUUUGUAAACAGGGACAUCAAAAGAAUAAAUUCCUAUCAUCAUUAUUAUUUACAGUUGUCAUAUUGUUGUUUUUGUUAUGUUUAUUUUUUUAAAUAAUUGAGAAAAAGGAAGAUUAGUAAACAUAACUUAGUAGCUGUAUAAUACUUCAAUCACUUGUACUGUUCAUAUAAAAAAAAAAAAAACUGUAUAUCUUGUAUAAAUAAAACUACUCAGAACAAUAAUAACAAAGAGUAUUAGGUUGAAAGAUAUCUUCUUUGUUACUAUUUCUUCAUUCAAUUGAAAUGCCAAUGUCUCAGAAAUGUUUUUGGGUGUUUAUUUGGAUUGCCUUGUUGUAAAUGCUGCCAGUGAGUAAACAAAUUGUGUUAAUGGAAACAAAUUCAUUGUAUCUUAUAAGAUUUAGUAAUGGAAAAAGUCACAGUCUGUAUGUUAGCUUCUACAGAACUCCAUUUUAAAUCUGCCCCUUAGAUGGUAAGGUCUGAAAGGGAUACUUUACUUUUUCGAAAUGUUGAGAAAAACAAAAUGUCCUUUUUAUAGAUGUUUUUUUUUUUUUUUAUAUUUGUUAUUUUCUAAAAUAUAUUGAAACUUAGAUUGUUGUUUUAUUAAUAUUCAGCUGUUAAAAAAAGCUAUUUUUACCUCAGCUAGUUAAUUAACACUGUUCAUUAGAAUUUAGUCUUCUAUCAUUUUAUGUCAUCUAAUGCUUUUUGUUGUGAAAAUAAUUUGCAGCCUGGUUGCAAAGAUUGAUAAAGAUUUUGAAAGGUAUCAUUGUAAUCUUGUAUUUGUAGAUUGUUUGUGAAUUAUAUUGCAUUGUAUUUUAUAUAUAUUAAAAACCUAAUGUUAUCAAAAUUGUGUUAUUUGCUCUGUAUGUUAUAGAAUUAUAAACAUGUUUAGGCUUUUUUUUUUUUACCUGAGCUGAUUACUCUCUACUUACUCUUGUUGUGAAACGCGGAAGUGUAAUGGUACUUUUAUAUUGAUAGAUAAAGUUUAUAUUUUUUUAUAUAUUAUGUUUACUUGUAAUGACCCGGACAUGUGCUCUUGGCCAAUAAUUAGUAAUUGUGUUUAAAACACAUAAUUAAAAUUACAAGUAUUUUUUAACCAAAUGUCAUUAAAAUGAGCACAAUUGAAUCUUUUAAAGUAAUUGAAGAUUCAUGUCCAAUGACUAUUGAUUGAUUUUCAUAAGGGCCUUGACUCAGUUGGCCCAAAUUCAACUUCCAUUGCAUUAGUUCUGAGAGAGAAUUUUUCUCAUAUAAUGAAAAAAAAUACAAUGAACUAAAUGUUUUAUUGAACAUUGUGACCUUUACCGUACAAUUAUUUGUAUUGUUAUUUCUUACUCUUAUAGGCCAGUUAUUGUUUUCUUCAUUAAGUUUACUUUGAUAACUUUAAAUGCUUUUUUCACUUUGCAUUGCAUUGAUAUUUUUGUGUCCAGUGCUUCUCCUCAAUCUAUAAUCAUGUGGACAGUCAUCCCCUGUCAAAGGUCGUUUUUAUUUAUUUUAUACUAGCCUGGCAUUACCCGCGGCCUGCGGGUCUAAGUUUGUGUUUACUAAUGUAGUGGAUUGGAUUUAGAUGUAUGUUAAACUUAGAUGAUGAUCCUUUCACGUUAUUUCUCUUUCGCUACGAAAAUAAAAUUAGUUUUGCGAAAAUGGGUUUACCCGAAGUCGAUACAUUCAUAUCUAUUAAAAACGAAAAGAGCGAUAGCUUUGUUAAAUGAAUGGGAUUAUAAAGUGAACAAUUAAACGAAAUAAUUUUUAGUACGCGAUUCAUGAAUGAAUAUAGAUCUAGGCCUAUCUCAACUCGGCUUCGCAGCUUUUGUAAACGAAUGUAGUCUCUUAAAAAUAAUGCUUUAGAAAACCAAAUUUGAAUGUUUAUUUGAUCAAUAUAUGAAAUUAAUGGACUAUAAUUAGUAUGUUCAUGUGUUAAAGUAUAAAACUAUCUGUGCGAACAGAAGUUUUAUCAUCUUAGAGUUGAAUUAGAGUUUUAGAUCUAGGGAUGGGAUUAUAAAGUAAACAUUUAAACGAAUUAAUUUUUAGUACACAAUUCAUUACGGUAUUGUCUAAUGAAAGAAUGUUCGUCAGGAAAUCUGUGGUUACAUAUAUAAGGAACUAAUUAAUGUAAAAAUGCUUUUGAAACACAAAAUUGAAGGUUAAUUUUAUUAUAUAAUGAAAUCAAAGGAUCUUCUUUUGUAUUUUCAUGUGUCAAAGUAAAAAACUAUAUGCACAAAGUGUAUUUCUUAAAAUUAGAUCUAGGUCUAAAUCCUUUCGAUCUUUUCUCAUGUCAACAUUGUAGACAUGGCCUAGAUCCAUAAAAUACUAUAGCUUUAAUAGAGUCGGACAACUUUAUUUUUUUUUUAGGGUCUUAAGUAAUUUUCAGGGCUACGAUACAUACACUAAGGUCUAAGUUGGUACCCAAGAAACAUUCCUGCCAAGUUUUAUCAAGAUUGGUCAAGCGGUUUUGAUGUCUAUAAGUAACAUACAUACACCUCACAUUCUACUUUAUAGUAUAGAUUACAUUAUUGGGAGGGGGUAAUUAAUUUGAAGGUUUUGAUGUCUAUAAGUAACAUACAUACACCUCACAUUCUACUUUAUAGUAUAGAUUACAUUAUUGGGAGGGGGUAAUUAAUUUGAAGGCGAAUUUUCAUGUUACUUUAUAACUUCAAUCAGGAAAAUUGGGCCACUUAUUUAUAAGCGGGCAAUAACAUAGUUUUCUGUUCAAAUAAAGGUAAAAUAUUGACUAAGAAUAUGAUGGAGAAAGAUUGGGUUAAAGUUACACUGAAAACUGUUGCUUGGUGUUCUUAUGUAUAUAUGCUUGUAUGUUAGUUUAGAUGUCACAUUGCUCCACACGAGUGUGUGAUUGACAUUGACUGUGGGUGUAUGUAUGAAAAACCUAACAUGGGAGAUGGGUUCAUGGUUUAGAUAGGCAUUAGUUCAGUUUUCAGUCAUUUAUCCGGACCUAGAACUUUUUUUUAAAGUAAACAAUCAUCCCAAAUGUAUGCUUAACAUGGUUGGCCACACUUAUAUUCAUGUUUCAUUUAAUGGUGCCUUCACUAAUUCUGUCAAGUUUUUUUUUUUAAUACACAUGAUGAUCCAAUGGAAAUGAUUGAGGUUAUACCAAAGGUUUUUAAAAUAAAAUAGUCAUUCAGUUGAAAUGCUUCUAAUAUUUACUUUCACUUUGAAAGGAGUUACUGAUAUUUAAAAAAAAAAAAAAAACUAUUUUCAUUUUUGUUGUUAUUUAUUUUGUUUUGUACUGCUGCUUAUCAAGUGUUUUAUGCUCAUCUAAACUGGAAGCUUAUGACAUUUCAGAUGCACAUUUUGGAUUAUAUCAUAUUUUUUUUUCGGCACUACAGGCACAAAUUCUGUUUGUUCAAAAUGAAGAUAGAAUGAUGAUUUAUUUUUUUGGUAUGUGUAAAUAUGUAUUUGUAGUUUAUAUCUGAUGAAAAACUUUAAAUUCUUACAUGUUGUCAACUUGCAAUCCUAGAUAUUUUGUACAAGCCAGCAGUAAAGUAUAUUAUUUGACAUUAAAAACUAAUUUUUUUCCAAGCUGUUGCUAUGACAUUUAAUUGUGCUUACACUUUCAAUGAAAAAACAAACAAACUACAACUUGUGUUAGUCAUCUGAUCAAGUAAUUAAAUGAGAACAAAUUCACUUUGAAAUGGAAAUACAAUUUGUUUCAAUGAUU